AUGGAAGCAACACAAAUUUCUGGGAAAUCUCGUGAAGAAACUACGAAGUAUCAUAUUUUAGAUAUUCCAAAAAGAGUUGGCAAGACAAUAAAUGGAAUUAAGACUAAUCGUCAACUUUAUAUUCAAUAUAUGUUUUCACUAGGUAUUGGGAGCUGUAUUUCACAAAUAAUUUUAGGACCACUAGAUCGUAUUCGAAUUCUUUGUCAAACAAGAUUCAUAUCUCCAAGAUUAAUGUUUAUCAAAAUUAUUAAGGAGCAAGGGUUUACUUCGCUUUGGUGGGGUAAUGGAACUCAUGUACUUCUUUUAUUCCAAUCUAGUCUUGUGAGGAAUGGAGUAUUCUUAUUAAUAUCUAAAUAUACUGGAAUAGAUAAAUCUAAGUACAAAGUGACAAAUUCAAAUGUUUCUGAUAAUAUUAUUGGUGUAAUAGAGAACAAAGAAAAUAUAGAUUUUUUUGGAAAUGAACAAUCUAGUCAUUUAGUCAAUAAAUCCGAAAAUCCACUAUUAGAACUUUCUAGUACUUCGAAUUUAUCAAACUCCAAUUUAAAAUCAAAUUCUCUUGUUUCCUCUUCUAGAUCAACACAUAAAUUGAUGGUAAAGCCAACUUAUAUUAUAUUAUCUUCUUUAAUUUCAAUUAUUGCAUGUUAUCCACUAGAUGUUGUUUUAACAGUUAUAUCAACAGGAUGUAACAAGGAAAUUAUUCGUUACAAAGAUAUAAUUACCAGAGUAAAACAUUUAAAUAAUUUAGAAUAUCAACAUCUUUAUAAUAAAAAGUCUUCUAUUAUUUAUAUUUCUAAUAGAAUAAAUACCAAGUCAUUAUCUAAUGUAAGAUUAUUAUAUAAAGGUUUUGGAAUAUCGCUCUUAUCACUAUUUCCAUUUAUGUUUAUAUCUUUAAGUACACAUCAAAUAUUGGAAAAAAUCCAGGCUAUAAAAAUAAUUCAAAUAAAGAAAUCACAACUAUUAAGUAAUGAUUGUUCUCUUUUAUCUAAUCCAUUUAUAUAUCCUGUUUCCAUAGGUAUAAUAUCAGCCUUAACUGGUCAAUUGUUACUUCAUCCUAUUGAUACUGUGAAGAGACACCACAUUAUCGACUCUUGGUGGUCUCAAAAAGUGCAAAAUAGCAGAUCCCGACUGAAACUUGAUCAUUCACUGCUAAAUUCCGUUAAAAAUUUAAUAAAUGCACCUAAUAUUAAAAAUCUAUACAGGGGUUCAUCUCUUCAUCUGUUUAAGGCAAUACUACAGCUAGCAAUUCUCCCAAGUUUGUACUCCUUUUUAUCAAAUUAA